CCAAGAUGGCUCCUGUGAAUGUCUCACCCCCAUAGCAAAUCGAGGAUGCAAGUAGCUGCUGAAAAAACAACUUUUCCCCCGCCGUCGCAUCCCCUGGAGUUCAAUCCGUAUGUUGCGGAGGAGGCUCUAACAUCCGUCUAGGCCUCGAGCAGCCUUCGGAGCUACGCGAAAUCUUCUUCAGUCCACCAAUUUGGAGUAGUUUUCGCGAAGUAGCUCUUCUUACUGUCGCUGUCUGUCCGGAGCGAGGUUCAGGCAGGCAGGCAGCGCAUCCAAAUGGCUGAACCAAGAAAAGUGCAGUUUGUCACCCUGUCGGCCUUCGCAGCUGGAGCAGCCGCGGAGUCUAGGAAACGUCGGCUGGAGGACGAGGCCGACUUCAACUUCGGUAGAGCCGGGGAGGGAGAGGCAACCUCCGGUACAGGGGGUACUGCCAGCAACGGUCGUCUCGUGAAAGCCGACGACAGGGACAAGACUGUUACCGAGAGGAGGGCGACUGUGCGGCUGAACCUGUUCCUGUCCGAGCCUGACGACCGCUCCUCCGCCGAGUUUAAUUAUGGCGAACUCAUCCAGAAUCUCCAGGCAAAGAGUAAUCCUUCAAGUUUGGUAUCAGCUCCCAACCGCAACGACCCCUUCAAUGAUGAGGAGAGAGAGCGGCUUCAGGUGGAAGCCCUGGCAAGGAAGUUUGAAAAUAAAUAUGGUAACACAGAGAAGAAGAAGAGGAAGGACAGAAUGCAAGAUUUGAUUGAUAUUGGGUUUGGCUAUGAUGAGACAGAUCCCUUUAUAGAUAACUCAGAAGCUUACGAUGAACUGGUGCCCGCCUCUCUGACCACAAAGCUGGGGGGAUUUUACAUCAACACCGGCACGCUGCAGUUCAGAGCGGCCUCUGACUCGGAGGGAGAGGACGACAAGAAGCUGAAUAAUGACAAGGAGCAGGUGAUUAAGAGGAGGAAGAAAAAGGAAAGUAACAACCUGGAAGAGAAGAACCCGAAGAAGAACAAAGUACCUAAACAAGGAGUGACUGCUCUCAAUCUUCACCGGCCAGAGAAAAAGAAGAGAAAGAAAUUAAUGAAGGACUCGUUGUACCUGGCGGCCAUGCUGCGGCGCUUCUCCCGGGAGAAGGAGGAGAUGAGGAAAAGAAACCCCAGUAUUGCUCGCCCCGGCCUCUCAGGAGGUGCAGCUAGCAAACCCCAGACAAGCAACUCCACUAACCUUCCAUUAGCCUCUAAUUCCAUCCAGCCGCAAGGCAACGCGACCGGCAACGACCUCUCGCUGGCGGAUCUCACCUCGGACCCUGCCGUGAUGGCGCUGCUGGGCUCCGCUAAUGAGAAAGAUUUGCAGGAUCUGCUGGUCGACCUGGACUUCAGCUUGUUGGACAGCGACCCACAUGCCAUUGUGACAGCCAGAGAGAACGGCAUUCUGGGAGUUGGUGUCCCCGGUCAUAAAGCAGUUGGAGGAAGUGGCCAAGGACGAGGCAUGGGGUCUUCCAGCGGACUGUUUCCCCCCCCUCCGCUGCCCAAUGGUUUGCCUGCCCCUCUUAUUAAACGCAUUGAGGACCUGCGGGCGGCCUCGCGGCAGUUUGAUCAGGAGGGCAGGAAGAAAUUUUUCACCCUGGACAUGAAUAACAUUCUCCAGGAUAUCGAGCUGCAGGUCCAGGGGCAGCCUCCCGGGGUGCGCUCUGACAUCUACUCGCACAUGGAAGCGUUCGUGCCAUGCAACAAAGAGGCUCUCCUCAAGCGGCUGAAGAAGCUCAGCCUCAACAUCCAGGACGAUCGGCUGCGGACGCCGUUGCUGGAGUUAAAGCUAGCGGUGUGCAACGUGAUGCCGGAGCAAAUAGCCAGAUAUAACAUGGACUGCAUGGCCAAGGUUGCAAAGCAGCAGUCAGAAGAGGGCGAUAAGAAUGGCUCAGAGGAGGAGGAUGAGGAGAAACCUGGGAAGAGAGUGAUGGGCCCUCGAAAGAAAUUUGUCUGGGACGACAAGCUCAGGAACCUGCUUUGCAGCUUGGUGCGAGUGAAGCUGAGUUGCUAUGAGAUGGAGAACCAGUGCUCCCUGUCUGUGGAGGACUACCUCAAGGUCUUCUUAGAGAAUGAAGUCAGACCACUGUGGCCCAAAGGCUGGAUGCAGGCCAGGAUUCUGUUCAAGGAGAGUCUCUCUGUUCACAGUCACCUCACUGGAAACUUAAUCAAGAGGAGAGUCGUCCCUGGACCCAAGGCUAAAGCCAAGGAGGGUCCUUGGAUCCACAAACCUCCUCUCACUAUGACCUCCACAUCUGCCCUCACCUCCAACCGCCACCCCCCCUCGUCCUCGCCCUCAGAGCCCAUCUGUCUGUCAGACUCUCUGGACGAGGAUUUGACCGCUCCCACUCUGGACUCGAUCUCCCACGCUCUGGCCCUCCUCAGCAACGCAUCCAAGGGCCUGGGCCCUGCAGACAGCCCCCUGUCGCCCCCACCCCUGCAGAUACCAGCCUCUUCACCUCCACCCGUUGCCCCUCACUAUCCCUCGGCCUCUCAGCAGUCUGUCUCGGUUGCGUCCGUAACGCAGCAACAUUCCCUGUCUAAGGUGGAAACCACUCUGCUAACAGCCGUGUCUGUCGGCUGCUUGCCAACAACAACAACACUAGCAAACCCUUCCUCUACCUCCUCUUCCUCAUCUCCGGUGGUCUCUUCCAUGGCCCGCGUGCAGGCGUCAGGCCCGUCGUUGGCCUCCAGGACUGCAGACGGCCACUACGGCCAAAUUAAAGGGUCCACUCUGGGCCAAACUCAGACCCAGAGACAAGUUACCAUGGCUUCACCCAAUCACAGGCCAAGCUCUGUGAUUGGGAAGAUGCAUCCGCACCCUUCCCCUUCGCCACCAAAGCAGCGGCCUCCCCCCACAGCUUCCCCAUUGCUGCCUCCCCAACAGAAAGGUUUUGCCAGCCUGGCUGGGAUACUGGGACCAAUGGGAACCACUCAAGGAUUGUCCAAGAGCAGUGCCAAAUCUGGCUGCAUAAGCAGCAAUGGCAACAUCACGCCUUCCUCCUCCCCUUCCUCACAGUCCCGGCCCAACUCUACCUCCCACCACGGCUUACAGUCCUUUUGUCCCCCCUCCCCGGCCGCAGCCCCCUCUCCAUCCUCCACUUCCCACACCUCACACUCUUCUCAAGGCAAAACCCACACACACCAUCACCACCAGCCUAACUUCAUCACCCCCAUGCAGGCCACCCUCACCAAGUCCUCCCACAGCAGCAACUCGUCUCCCAUCAUUAAACUCACCCCACGGCCCCCUGCACCCACCCCGCCUCCUUCUUCUACCCCGUCGCCGUCUUCCUCACCCUCGCACCAGCUCUCCCAUCAGAUGAUGCCCGGCCAACAGCAGCAGCACCAGUACUCGCACAAAACCUCCAAAACAUUUCGCCCCCCCUUCAGUGUAUCGGGCUGCGGACAGGUGAAGCAAACACAGGGCAACUUUAGCUUCACCAGCGGCCUGAAACCUCAGUCCACGACGAGCAACAGCAGCGUCAACAACAAAGGAGACAUCUCAGCCGUCUGCAGCCAUCCAGACAAAACUCCCCCUUCUGCAACGUCAGUGCCGGCCAAUCACGGGCAGCGGCAGAGGGUGGUGGGUGCAGCCAGCCAGGUCUCAAAGGCAGGAAACGGUUGGUCGCCAUCAGGAACUUUGGCCACGUCCUCCACAACAUCCCACCUCUCACAGGUAUCAACUGCAGGCUCUUCUCUCCUUAGCAACCACUCUGCUCUACCGCUGGGCUUCGGGAUGUUAGGAGGCCUUGUACCUGUCUCGCUACCUUUUCAGUUCCCCUCGUUGCUCAAUUUCAGCGCUCCUGGAGCCUCAGGGGCCGCUGGCAUGGGCUCAACCCCCAGCUCCAACUCAGGAUACCCCAUAGCACAGAGCGACCUAAUGGAUCUAUAUAAGAGUCUCCAGUCAGGGUCGCAGGCUGCCCUACCUCCUCACUUGCAGCUUGCUUUCUCAGAUGCGAACCAAAGCCAGGGGGGAGACAUGAAGAGGAAAACCCACUGACCAAUAAGACGAGAUAAUUCCAGCGGGGUGACCUCACCGCUUGCUGGACGCAUUCACCGAUACGAAUCGUCGUUUAGCUCGCCAAGCGGGACGUUGCAACGCGAGGAAACGACGAGGCUCCACUGUCCCUACAAAAACAAACUUUAAACGAAGCACCAGUUCAUUCUGGCUUCAAGAGGCAAUGAUUUAACUUAACUGUAUUUUCUACGAUGAACCGGGUAUGAGAACAAGACGAGUGAAUGAUGAGAACACUUAACUUUUGUUCAGCUUUUUCUUUCUUUAUUUUUUUUUCGUCAACAUGUUUACAUACGACCGACCUUUAUCACUGUGGAAUGAGUGUGAGCGAGGUGAUGGUACAGAUGAGAAGUAGUGCGCUACAUAAUAUAAUUUGUAUUUAAGAUUUAUGUGGAAUAACAGGACUCCUGUUCUUUGCAGUACAAAAAAAAGGAAAAAAAUCUGAAAAAUUUAGAUUAUUUUUAUUUUGUUUUUCCGUCUUAUGUCUCAGAUGUGGGAAUUGUGUCUGUAGAAGUUUAUCGUUGGUCACCUCUGCUCCCACAGAUGACUGUUAAAUAGUAGCUUAAAUUAAUAUUGAUAAAUUAUUUGUUAUUUACACAGGGACAAAAACACAAGGGUGAGUGAUGAGGUUGAUUUGAAUGUGUGUAUGUACAUAUAUAAGAAAAAAACAAAACAAACAUAGCAUACUGUUAAUAUCUUUCCAGAUUAUUCUCUAUGACUAGGACUAGGGAAGGAUAUAUUCCCCUUUUACAAUAAUGAGCCAGUGUAAGUUUGAUGCCCCUCUGUUGCUCAAUAUGUUUUUGGUGCUGUUUAUUCACACUGGACCUUUUUCUUUUUUUUCUUGACGGAAAACAAAAAACAAACAAAAAAAAAAAAAAAAAAACUUGAAAAGGUUUUAAGAUCCUCUUCUGGACAGAGUGACUCUGUUAGAGGGGAGAAACUAAGAUUGUAGCCUACUUGAAUUAUUAUUUUUUACCUUUUUCUCUGCUUACUGACUCAAACCAACUUAAUAUAACAAAACGCCUUAGUUUGUAUGGAUAAAAGUAUGAAAAAGAUCUAUGCAGGACUGUAAAAGCUCAAUGCAAAAGUGCAAGUUGCCGCUUGGCUUUCAACCUCUACUCGACUCCUCGUGCAUUUCUGGACUUGUUAUUGUUUGACUUGAGACUCCGGAUUUUUCUGUGUUCAGACUGAAAGUGAAGUUGAGAUGCAGUAGGAGUACUAUGAACUGUGUUUAAAGUACUACAGGUUUUACUGCUGUUGCCAUCUUUGUAACUUAUCAAAUCCAGAGGCUUUUUUAAAAGUUUUUUAAUAACUAUUACACAAAGAGAAAAAUAAACAAAGAUGAAUUCAAACUGGAUUAUUUUUUAUUAUUUUAUUAUUACAGAAGAAACCAGAUUUAAUUAAAUAACGAUGCAUUUCCUGAAAUAUGAGGUUCACAGAUUAAAAGUCUUAGACAAGGAUAAACAACCUAAAAAUGCCAAUAUAAUACGAUGUGAAAUUAUUUAGAUUUGAUUGGAUUCUGGACUCAUCAAUCAAUAUGAAACGAUUUUUAACACAGCCCCUUCCAUUCAUAUCGAUUCUAUAAAAGACACUAAAAUAUAAACAUCUUGAAAAAUCUGUUCAUUUAAGCAAAAAAGAAAAAAUACAAUUUGGAUCAAAGCUUUUGGCUUGUUGAUUAUUGGUGAAAACAGUUAAGAGUCCGUACUUCUGAAAUAAUUAGUUUAAUUGCUUUUAAUAUUAUGUUAACCAGUUAAACCUGACACAAAACAUACCACGCAAAAAAAAAAUUAUCUGCCCUUAAAAAAAACAAAAAACAAAUUAAAACAUAAUGGUAGUAAUACGCAUGUAUGUCGGAUUUAUUA